AUGCGGAAGGAGUGCGAGAGACUUCGGGGAAGGCUUCAGUUUGCAUCUAACCAGAUAGCGGGAAAGCGGGCUGGCAGGGCCUUCAAAGUUUUGAUGCGGCAUCUUGUCAGCAACCGCUCGGCGUUGGGCGAUGAUCUAAAGCUCGCUUUGCUCUUCCUGCGUGACUGCUUUCUGGACGGACCGCCGAGAUCCUUGAAUGCAAACAUCCUUCACCUUUGGCGCAUCUACGUGGAUGCUUCUUGUGACGACAACAAGGUCGGCCUGGGAGGCGUGCUUGUCUCAGAGCAGGGAUCAAAGGUUGCAUACUUCAGUGAGUGGGCGGCCGACGAGCUGAAGGAAAUCGUCGCUCCAACUAGCAAGAAUCCAAUCUUCGAGUUCGAGUGCUUAGCUGUGUUGCUUGCCAUCAAAACUUGGUCGGGCCUGAUCGGCGGCUGCAGUCUGGUAAUCUUCUCUGACAACGAGGGCACGAAAGCUUGCCUGGUCAAGGGCUCUUCCGACAACGAGGUGGGCAUGGCCAUCGUCGACAACGUCCAUAAAUCAUUGGACGAUGCGGGCUGCAAUGCAUGGUUCGAAAGGGUAAACACCGCUUCGAAUGUCUCGGACGGGCCAUCAAGGGGUGAUCAGUCUGAAAGCCUGGGAGUACGUUUCGUGACAGAUGCAACCUCAGUUGCGCGAUCAGCGCUGGUUCCUUGGGGUAGCGUCAACGCAUGA